AUGACAGCUGCUGCAACCUUAUUUCAGCGUAAUAAACGCAUUUACAUACAGGAAGAAGAUAAACUAGAGAGUAUUCUCUCAGAUGAUACCUUUCAACAAAAGUUCCAGCAAUGGUUGGAUAGCACAAUAGCCCAAUUAGAUGUUCAGUUUGAGUUAUGUGAACAACAACUCUCUGAACUCCAGCAAAGUGUUGCGGUAGAGACAGGAACGUAUUGGUGUAGUAAAACUAUUAUUGAACACUGCAAUCUACACAUGAGUGAAAAACGGUUAAUUGUCGCCGGUUCAGAUGUAGAGAAUCCCGCAAGUUUACCAGAUCUCGUUAAUCUUAUUUCAUGUCUACAGCAAUUAAAAAUACAGGCUUUUAUUACGCCUAAGCAAAGAAGAUUUAUUGAACAAUGUGAGGCGGAGUUAAAGAAUGUGGUAUUUGAAUCUCGAGAAUUACUUUUUAUUACGAAUGCCUUACAAACAAAACUUCGUGAUGAUGGAAAUACACGUGGGGUAUUUGGAGAUUUAACAAAUUUUCAAAAUGCGAUUGAGGAUCUUUCACCGGAUAUUGAUCAAUGUGAACAAUUACUAGAGGCUAGUAUUGCCAAUGGAGAGAUGGGACUUGCGGAGGAUAUUUCCCGUCGACAAUUGGAGAUUUAUGAACGGAUUUUAACUCUCAUUACCGAUCAAUAUCCAAUCAUUACGAAUUAUUAUACGGAAUCUCGCGAUAGUGAUAGACGUCGACGUUGGGCUAUUUUUCGAAUGGCCGAUAAAGAUAUUACAGCCGUGAUUGAAGGAAAGUAUAGACAAAUUGAGGCCUGUGAGGAGGAUCUUCUUAAGAUAAAGGAACAAAUUGAGAAUUAUAAUAAUGAUGAUUCUCAUCAGAAGAAACGGUAUGAAUCGGAUUGUAGUCUCUCAGAUGAUUAUUUACAAAAGAAUAAAGAAAAACAACAAAGUGUAUGGAAUCGUAUUUUUGAAUUAUAUGAAGAAAUGCGAAAAUGUCAACAAGAGUUAACCACACUUGGACGACAACGACGAAAAGAAAUUGAUCGUCGUUUACAAAUGGAAGAACAUGAGGCUGGAAGACGUAGUGGACAUCAGGCAUUUAUUAAAGCCGCCGCCGAUCAUGCACAGAAAUUACAAGCGAUGAUUAAUAACGCCCUCGCUGCGAAAGAUCUCGCCACGGCAUUAAAUAAUUUUGUAUUGGAUGGUUGUGAUAGUAUUACUGGUAAAUAUGAUAAACAACAAAAUGCCCUUAGUGAGAUGUUACGAUUGGUUCAACAACAUCACUUUAAACGUUUCUCAGAUUAUUAUAUUGUGGCCAGUCGUUAUUUAUACCGUAAAGAAAGACGAUUAGAACAAAUUGAAAAGGAAAUUGAAAAUAAUGAGAUGAAAAAGGAAAUCCUUACAGAUGCAUUAGAUACAAAUGCGAAACGAUAUGCAGAGAUUAAUAAUGAUUUACUUCUCAAGAGAAGAGGAGUCUCGCAGGAAGUUUUAUACAUUCGACACAAACUGGAAAAGGCAGAAAAGGCAAUUGAACCAACAUUACGAUCUUUACAAUUUGCCGGUGUAGAGUAUGUCCAUCCACGAGAUAUUGUAGAGAAAAUUAAUCUCAAUCGCUGCAGUACUAUUCUGGAUUAUCGUGAGUUUAUGAAUCCUUCUAUUUCUUUUAAUGAAAAGAUUCAAAAGGAGGAAUUAAAAACUCUCUUACAUCUCCGCUCCACCCUGGAAGCAGAGAAGAGUGAACGGGAAAGUCAACAACAAUUACGUUUACCCGUUAUUCCUCCAUCUCAACAAAGUGCCCUGCAGAGACGUGUGAAUGCAUUAUUGGAAAAACGAUCAAAGGAUGAAGUGCGAAUGCCGACACUCACAAAUACUACUAAUACCAAUACAAAUAUUACUAAUACUACUUCAGAUGAUGUAACGAGAUCUAUUGGAGGAAUGUAUGCAAAGCCAAUCUCUGUGGGAGCCCCAUCUACACAAACCAACACAACCGCCGCUAAUAAUAUGCAUAUGCAUAUGAAUAAUAAUAAUAAUACAAUGGCAGCUACAACAACAGCAGCGGCUUCAACAGCAACAGCAACAGCAACAACAAUGGGAGAAAUGAAGGCAGACACUACCGGAGCGGCGAUGAAUGGAAAUGUUGGGAUUAACGCCUCCUUACGUCCACCAACAUCACAACAACAACAGCGAAUGGAAGGAUCUACCAUGCGGGCACUUUAUUCAUAUAAGGCCCGGGCUCCAGAUGAGUUAACAUUUGAAAAGGGAGAUUUGAUUGUUUGUGUCUGUCGGGCUCAAGAGGAGGGAUGGUUUAAAGGCGUAUGUAAUCAACGGACAGGAUUAUUUCCUAUCAAUUAUGUGGUCUUGUGUGAAGAUGAUGUGUGA